AUGCAAAGAACACACUCGCUCACCUCCAUCUCGUCGUCCCAAUCCGCGGCCACGGCGCCCCUGAACAGACCCAGGCCCGCCGCCCUCAUGCGCCCAGACCUCUCCACCGAAAGCCUCCUUCCAAACAGCAGCCUUUUUGCGCGCAGGGCCCGCAAACACGAGCCUCCGGGAACCCGGGCCCCGGCGUUCAGCUUCCCGAACGGCGAGGUCUUCACUCCUCGCUCGGCGCCCGCUCGCCGGGCCCGCCCGGCCCGCCUACCCGCCGAGCCGGAUACGCGAGCCGUUCAAGUGGUUCCACCGCCAGGCGCCCAAACGAGCCGCCCGCCGGUUUUCCCGCGCUCCGCGUCCAUGGUGCUGAUGCCGACAAUGCCGGUGUGUGAGCCGGCGCUCCCUCCAACACAACCGGCCGCGCGGCCGAACGCGCCGCCUAAUCGCCCCUCCCACCAGGGGCCCCCGCCGGCCGUGGCGGCCCCCGCCGUGCGGGCGUCGGGCGCGUUCCUCACGCGCUCACACUCGUUCAACAACUUCCGCAAACAGAGCAAGCAGGACUUGGCACACGCCUUGCGCAGCACACGGCUUGACACGUCCACAAACAUCAGCGUGCGCCCACAGGCGGCCGUGCCGCCACUGUCGCACAGCGUCCCCCCGGCCCAGCUCCGGCUGUUCUCCUUGACCAACAACCGCUACGCUGAGAACGCCGCCAACAUCGUGCGCCUGGAGCUGCUCGUGUCCGUGCUGGGCCCAGGCCCAUACGCACGCAUGGCCGACGGCGCGGCCUGCCUGGACUCGGCGCCGUCGAGCCUCUCCACGUAUAACUUGAACCGCUCCAACUCGCACACGCCCCAGACGUCCGUCUCCGGCUCCGACGUGGCGGAGAACAGCACCAAGCUGUGGAGCAGCGCCGAGUCCGUGUCCAGCUUCCGCACGGCGAGGGACCCGUCGCCCCUCCAAUGCAUCGAAGAGUCCGGUGCUGCGGGGGCGGGCCUGGGCAAGACCAACGCGCCCACUGCGCAGGUGUGUCUGGCUGGCUCAGACCACGUGCACGCAGACGUGCAGCUGCUGUCUGCCUCUGGUGGAAGGCCGCCCUACGGCGGCUCUCUGUCGACUUCUCCUUCGUCGUUCGAGAGCGACUCGCCGUUCCCGUUCCAGGAGAGAGCAGAAAGGAAACCCGCCGACUCCAGCCAAGGCCACUCGGAGACUUGUCUACGGGACGGGUCCCCGUUGAGAAGUGGCCACCGUCUGCAUCAUGACACAGGAACGAGGUUGACCGACUCCGAAAGCUCUGGUAUCCCGUCGCCCACCGUGUCGGCUGCAACACCGCCAAGACCCAUUGAGUCAAUCACUUUGGAGACGGAGUCCGUUGAUGCACAGCAACUAGGCGGGGAAGACGGCUCCAUCGAUGACCUCGUGGAUCCAAAUGUUGAGCGGCCUCGUCUCACGUCGAAAACGACAUCUUUGAACAGCGAAAGCACCCUCGCCGAGUUGCCUCCUUCCAAAGACCGCCCCGACACGAGAACUAGUAGUUUAGACCAGGAACUCGUGCGCGAGCCCAAGGCCUUUCUUGGCACAUCGCCUGGGUCUGAUGCCGUGGUGACGUCAGCUCCAGAAACAUCCCUGCAAAAGGAAGAAUGUGCUUCGAUCCGCAGUGAUCUACACAACACCUGUACUGAAGUUUCAGUGGAAUUGGCUGAACAAAGACUGCCGCGAAAGGUUUCAACUGCAUCUGGUGAUUCUGAUGGGGACCAACGUUCUACCACACACGAUGACCCGUGCAAGCCUGUUCCAGUGUACUCAUCAAUGCUUGCUUUAGAUGAUGCGAAGACAAAGUCAUCCAAAGACACCUCAAAUUCAUUGGCAACAGAGAGCGCCGAAGCUGGUCUUGCGGCGAAGAAAAUCCCACAAGAAUUUUCCAAUGAUUCUUUACGGGAGAGAAGGAAUUCAAAGAACUUGCCUGUCUUGCAUUUCAAUCGAUCUAGUGUCAUCCCACAAGACCUGGUGGCUAUUUCUUUGCCUAUUCUGAAAGAUUUCAUUCAAAUAUCAAAACUGGACUCCGCUCGUCCCAGAAAAGCCGAGGAUUCGAUUGAGUGUGAAAGCCCUCCGGAAAUUUAUCCUGGAAACCAGAAAAUUUCCGAGGAAACAAUUUCAAACGUCAGUAUUCUUCAGUCAAUGCGAGGAAACGAGAAAAGUGUUGAUAUAUACUCAACUAUCCACGGUGGCGCCUCAAUCUACGAUAGCGAAAUGUACUCUCCAGUCCAUAUUGACCGGUUUCUAGCGGAUAACCAAAAGGCCGUUCCUCCUCGUGGUGAUGUGGCUGUGGAAAAUGGAGAGAUAAAAUUCCAAAAAGGAAACAGCUCACCAAUCAUUCUGGUCGACUCUCAUCUCCAUAUGAAGCAGGACGAUAGUUCGUCGUCAGGUGGGCAAGACUCAAGACAUAAUCUCGAUCUAUCAGCACCCACAACAAACUUACCCCAUGAAAAACAAAUGUCUGGCCGCGUCGCCAGACAUUCUAUGCUUGCGAUUGUGGACGUUGACUACGAAAAACUUUUGCCUCCAACGCCUGAGAAAAAAAUUUCGAAGAAAGGGCCACUCGAUGAAAUUCAGUCUCAUAGCUCGCCCAAAGUACGUGAAAUACCAAGGAAAGAAAAGUCACCAGUGAAAAUCCCCGUGAAACCCACCAAGUCUCAGGACGCUAAUGCUAAAGGCUUUAAAAAACUCUUCAGUUUUAUGAAACGCGCGCCAAAAUCUUACAAUGACUCGCCUCCCAAACUUCGUUGGAAGUCUCUGAUGACUUCUCUUCGCUCAGCGAGGCCAUCGGUUGAUCGGAAAAGUGCCGAUGGGUACGAGUCCCAAGUCAGCAUCCCAGAUUCACAAGAUAAGCAUCAGUCUAGUAAAAUGGCUGCGCAAAAUGCAAAAUCUCCGGGAAACAAAAAGAGGGUUUUCUUGUCGAACUUGAAGUUGACCACGGGUUCUAAAGUAUACGACUUGCUGUCGCCUAUGUACAGUGUGGGAGAAGAAGAACUGUCUCCAAGUGGAAGUCCAUCAUCUCUUCCUCCUGAAGAAUUGAAGUACGACUUGCCCGAAUACAAUAUUGAUACUGACUCUUUUAAGGACGUUCUCCUAAGGUUUCAAGAGGUGGAGAAAGAAAUUGAAAAUGAGGUUCGUGUUAUGAGAAAGUCUAAGAGCAUACAUGACUUCUUCCUCAAAGACGACGAGCUAUCAAAGGCUCAAAUCUUUGACCUUCAGAGAAAUGACCACCAGGAUUCUAGCAGUUCCCUUCCGGAGAAGUCUGACUCGGCAAAUGGAAGUCUGACCAGUGUGGAUUUAUUCAAUGAAAGACAAAGUGAGCCGCUUAGUCAGGAAAGACUCAGUGGGAUCAUUAGUGAGCCUAUUUCCGAUUUUCCGCAAAACAACGAAAAACAGACUGUUGUUGUCGAUAUCGCACUAGUUCAGGCCACUCUCAAUGAUCCACAUGCGAUACGUCAAUCGUACUUGAAGUUUGUGAGACAAUUUACUGAUUUCGAACAGAUGAGAAUAGAAUUAAGCGGCUUCGACCCGACGGACAAAGCAAAAGUGUCAUGCGAAUCUCGGCAGAAAGUGUCGAGUUUACGAAAGACUUCUUCGAAAGCUCUGCGAAGCGUGAAGUUCUCGAAUUCGAUUUCGAUCAGCGAAACACAUGCACCUCAGUUAUACAGACGGAGCAAUAGGUCUGUGACGCAAUACUAUCUCACGGAAUAUUCGGAGAUUAACAGGAUCAAAAACGAACUAAAUGCCUACAAAUGCUACGAGAUGCUUGUUCACGAAAAGUCUCAGGCAAAUACUCAUUUUUUUUAUUAG